CACGCCCACCCCGGGCUUGGCCACGCCCCUCCGGGCCACGCCCCUCCGGGCCACGCCCCCGGAGCGCGGGAGCGGCGCGGGCCGCGCAGUCCCCAGCACCAUGCGGCUCUCGGCCCUGCUGAGCGCGGCACGGCCGCGGCUGCCCCCGGGGUACCGGCACGGAAUGUGGCCCCCGGACUCCAUGGCCGCCCGGCUCCGCAACCCCCCGGGGCAGCGCCGCCGAAAGGUCUUUGUGAAACCCGUGGCCAAGGACGACUGGAAGGUGUUCAAGGGUGACACGGUCCAGGUGCUGGCCGGGAAGGACGCGGGGAAGCAGGGGCUGGUCACGCAGGUGGUGCAAGCCCGCAACUGGGUGGUGGUGGAAGGACUGAACACGCACUAUCGCUACGUCAACCGCACAGCCAAGUACUCUGGGACCUACAUCGCCAGCGAGGCGCCACUGCUGCUCAGCCAGAUCUGCCUGGUGGACCCCGAGGACCGGAAGCCGACAGAGGUGGAGUGGCGGUACACAGAGGAGGGCGAGCGCGUCCGCGUGUCGCUGCGCAGUGGCCGCAUCCUGCCCGUGCCCCCGCAGCCACGCGAGGACGGCGUCGUCCCCGAGCAGUGGACUGCGCUGUCCCCUCGCCUGCACAGAUGGCCCUAAGGACACAUCGGAGGAGGAUGCGCUGGCCAAGACGUACCAGCCGUCCCUGAAGACCUUCGAGGAGGAGGUCAUGGAUGCCAUGGGGAUCGUGGAGACGCGCCGGGCCAAGAAAUCCUACUGGUAUUAACUGGGGGAGGUGGAAGCCGCCUGAGCCGGGCUCUGUAAUAAACACCCCUUUGAUUUUC